GAGUUAUUUCCCUUCUCACCAGGAAGAAAAUCAACAUUGAACGAUGUUGGUCUACAUAAUAAUCACAUGUAUGAUAUUACCGUUGUUUGAGAGUGAAAAGAUAGAAUUAUGUCAGAAGAAUUGUUCCUAUCCUAUGUCAUUAAACUGCUCUAUACUCAACACUGAAGAAUUGGGAAGAUGUUGUGUUAAUAAAGGAAAAACAGAAUCAUCAGUUGUUGGGUUAGAUUUGUCCAGUUGUCAUAUCACUUCUAUUGAAGAUAUGUUCAUCAAUUUCAAUAACUUAAAGUUUUUAUAUUUACAAAAUAAUUCCAUACAAGUGCCAACUAUAGAAGCAUUCCAUGGUUUAACACAGUUACAAACUUUAAAAUUGCCUCCCAAGAUAGAUUGCCCAGGAGGGAGGGAGUUAUGGAAUGAAACAAAACAUACAGAAGAUGCUGUUAUUUGUACGGGUGAACUAAGUUCAUGUACUGUUUAUAAUGUAACCUGUCCUAAUGUUAACAGUUAUUGUGUUGAUGUUGGACCACAAGUAACAGAAUGUUUAUGUAAACCUGGUUACCAUGGUUAUAAAUGUUUACGUCAGGGUACAUUUCCAACAGUGACUUUUGUGAUAGGACUGGGAGUUAGUACAGUGGUGAUAUCAGGACUUUUAUGGGUUACACAGAGAAGAAAGGCUAAAAAACAAGUUUAGAAUUUAUAUAUUGUCUUGAAAUGUCUUGAAAUUCUCCACAAAAGAUGCUAGUUUUCCCUUGUGAAAUCCUACGAUUAUAUAUUUAAAGUUACUUAUGAUUGGGUAUGUUCUACUUAGUAGUAGCAACCAAGAGACAACAUAAUGUUAAAUAUGUGCUGUUAAAUAGUAAACCUAUUUUUCUCAAUACAUUAUAUAACUUGUUUCAUAACAGCUAACAUUGAAAUUAUUUUAUUAAUUUAUACUUUUCAACGUUGAACUGAAAAGUUUAUGUUUUUGUUGCUGCCUUAAUUUACUGACAGUAAUUUAUAUUACUUGAUAAUGCAACACUUAUUUAUAUUACUUUAUACUGCAACAUUUUGAUAGAAUCAUAAUUACUGAUUUGAUAUAAGAUAGUAUAAACUAUUUUCUUUGAUUAAUAUAGUUUGUUGGUAUACAUGUUCAAUGAUGUGAUAUAUGUGUAUUGUCAACUAUUGAGAUUUAAUUCUUUUGUUAGAAUGAUCAGGUUUAAUCAAGUCAAAUGACUUUAUGUUAUAUAUUGUCUUUUAAACUUUUGCUAAGUUUACAUUUAGUAGUUUGUGAUUAGGUCUGUUUGAAGGGAACCAUUAAUGGUAGGUCAAUGAUAUAUUUGGUAUGAAGAUGUAUAAGAAUAUCCCAUUUUGUUUAUUUAACUUUUCCCUUACGCUUUCUAAAUAAUUUCUUAUUUUUAGUAUGUUCUUAAAGAAUCAGCUAUUAAUUUUUACCCUCCAGUGCAUGUUUUGGUUACAUUCUUUCCUGAAAGUUGUGCCCUUUGCACUUCAUGGUGACUUGCACUGUUAAAUUAUUCUUUAGUUUCAAGUAUGUCCAAUUGUGUACACAAAUUCACAGUGGCAUGCUAACUUUCUUAGCAUAUUACUCUUUUACUCAGAUUUUGUAUCAAAGAAUGAGUUAAAAUUUGGCCUGGCUCUGUUGGAUACUAUUGUGUUUUAUAGAGUUAGACAUUUUCAAUACUACCAGGCUGUCACAUCCAAUUUGUUGAUACUUUGAGUUUUUAUUUUACCUACUGAACAUGGAAGGGUUUUCCAAUUUACCUGCAACUUCUUCAUUAGAUCUACAAAUUCUAUAUGAAGCAUUUGGUCUAGAAAAGAUGAUGGGAAGUUUUUGAUUUCAACCAUGUGAUUUAUGAUUAAUGAUCUUAUGGUUUGAGACAAAUUGUAUGCAAAAUACUACAAAGCUUUCAUUGGUAUGUAAAAAAGUCAAACAGAACAAAUCAGCAUGUAAAGGAGUAAUUUAAAUGCAGCAAACAUAAAGUUGCAUUUUUUCAUAAGAAUUUAUAAUAUUGUUAGUUUGUUAUAUAUAAUAAUUUUCUUAAAAUACUCAUUUGACCUAAAUCAGGUUAAUUUGUUAAUAAAAGCAUUACCUUCUUUGAA